AUGGAGGCGUUAUUGGAGCAGCAAUCUGAGCUCCGCGGACGCAUCUCUCGCGUCGUCGCGAACCUCAAGAAGACCGGUGUCGCGAACCUGACCGUCGAUCACGUCCAAGCGGCCUUGGCCAUUUUGGAAAAGCGAUGGGCCAAGUUCGAGGAGAACCACGAUAAGCUCGGGCUUGCUCACGGGAAGGAGUUAAGGAAAACCGAGUACUAUACGAACGACCAUGCCGAGGAGAUGGAGAUGCUCUACACCAGCCAACGAGCUGCACUAAUGGACCUGGGGCGGUCGUUGAAGGCAAAGACCGAAGCAAAUGUUUCGACGACGGUUCGAGGACUGGCCGGUAUUCCGUAUCUAUUCGACUCCAUCGUCGGUCAGGAUCCGCAUCUGUCCGACGUCCAAAGGCUCCACUAUCUAAAGACGAGGGUCAAGGGAGAAGCGGAACAGCUUCUGAGGGGCUUGCCCUCGACGGACGCGAAUUAUGAACGCGCGUGGUCAACCUUGAAAGGUCACUAUGAGAAAAAAAGGUUGUUAGUCAAGGCUUAUUUGUCCGCGAUUACAUCGUUGCCCAAAAUGAAAGCGGAUUGCGUAGCCGACCUGCGACGGAUCUACCAUGGCAUGGUAGCAUCCACCCAAGCUUUGGAAGGUAUCGGUAAGCCCGUUUCCAAUACCACUCACUUACUCGUGCAUCUCAUGGUGGAGUUGCUCGACGCGGGUACAAGACGUGAGUGGGAAAAUUCCAUCGCGAAAAAAAGCGACCCGCCGUCGUUUGACGAGUUCAAGGACUUCCUCGAGGAACAGCUUGUGACGCACGAGUCGCUGCGGUCUGUCAAGGGGGAGUCCUCCUCAGGAAAAUCCGCUCAUCACACCGGGAGGCAGAGCGGAGGCUCCGAGCGCAGCUGCGUGGUGUGCAAGCAGAAUCACUUUAUUAUGAACUGCGAGAAGUUUCGUCGGAAACCUGCAAAGGAGCGGUUGGAGGUAGUGACCGCCAAUCGACUGUGCAUCAACUGCAUGGGACGACAUCAGGUGAGCGCGUGCUCUUCGCCGAAGGCGUGUGCUAGGUGCGCCGCGCGCCACAACACACUCCUACAUGACGCGUACGAGGCGGCUCCGGGAGCCGUUGUUGCACUUUCGCCGUCGGUGCAUGCCGCGCGGCACCCUCACUUCGAGCCGCCGCAGACGCUUCUCGCCACCGCGCGCGUUCUGGUGACGGAUCGAUUCGGAACUUUACACGCGGUUCGAGCCCUCAUGGAUCCGGGAUCAGAGACUUCGUUGAUCACAGAAGCGCUGGCCCAACGCCUGCGACUGCCGCGGACAACGGCGUCCGUGGCAAUUUACGGAGUGGGCGGGUUGAGGUCGGGGGUGUCGCGGGGACGAAUCGCGAUCAAUCUGACCUCGCGCGUUGGAGACGCGGUGUUUGCCAUCUCCGCCUUGGUGAUGCCAAGACUCUCGAUCUACGGUGGUUCCGUUUCUACGGACCCAGUCGAGCUGCUGCUCGGUGUCGACGUCUAUGCCAAGGUGGCACGACCAGGCAUGCGGCUGGGAGGUGAUGAGGAACCAAUCGCGCAGCAGACCGCUCUAGGAUGGAUCAUCAUGGGUCCGGUAAGCUCUUGUCAGGUGACCACAGCCUUGACAUCGUUGCAGUGCUCCGCUGUUAACGAUCUGAACGCAUUAGUGCGUCGAUUUUGGGAACUGGAGGAACCACCGCGAGCGACACUCCCCCUGUCUCCGGACGACGCGGCUUGCGAGGAGCAUUACUUGCGGUCGCAUUCACGGGACGCCUCGGGACGUUACGUCGUCCGAUUCGCGACUCGUUCGACUCUGCCGGACUUACGUGACACGCGAUUCACCGCGCUGCGAGUGUUGCAGGCGAACGAGCACCGCUUCCGGAGGGAAGUCGCUCUUCGUGACGCGUACUCACAGUUCCUGGCUGAGUAUCUUGAGCUUGGCCACAUGACGCCGGCGCCUCCCUUACCGGCAGAUUGUUCACGCGCCUGUUUCCUGCCCCAUCACGGAGUAUGGAAGGGCGACGGCGAGAAGGCUAGGAUCCGCGUCGUGUUCAACGGCUCUUCACGGACAUCCUCUGGUACCUCCUUAAAUGGCGAACUUCUUGCAGGACCGAAUUUGUUGCCGACGCUCUGCGACGUGAUAACGCGCUGGCGUAAACACCAGUUUGUUCUCGCUGCGGACAUCGAAAAGAUAUACCGGCAGAUUUGGGUGCAUCCAGAGGACCGUGACCUUCAACGGAUUUACUGGAAGAUAGGCAGCCGAGUCCAGGAGUUCCACCUUAACACGGUUACUUACGGGCUGGCCAGUGCACCCUACUUGGCUGUUCGAACGUUGCGUCAGCUUGCCAAGAACGAGGGUGCGCGCUUUCCUCGGGCAGCUGAGGCCCUGCGGCGGGACACCUAUGUGGACGAUGUACUGUCUGGGGCCUCCUCUCAGUUCGAGACCUGCGAGCUGCGCGAGCAGCUGACUCAGUUGUGUUUGGCGGGCGGCUUCCGCUUACGCAAAUGGGUCGCCAACAAGGAAGACCUGCUGCGCGACAUCCCCGCUGAGCACCGGUCGUCGCUGCCGUCGACGGUCGCGUUGACGUCGGAGGAGCACGACGUCCUGGGGAUACGUUGGCUUCCCGCUGAGGACAGCUUUGCUCCAACUGUCAAGAGCAUGACAGAGGAGCUGGUCACCAAGCGCACGGUGUUGAGGCAAACCGCGCAUCUCUUCGAUCCGCUGGGCUGGCUCACCCGGUCGUAA